AAAUCAAAUAAAACCCUAAAAUUGGAAAAAGAAUUGUUGAGAUCGCCGUUUGGAUCGGGUUUCUGUGAACCCAUCGGAAAACAGAAAAAAAGAAGGGAGAGAGAGAGAGAGCCAAACUCAGAGUUUCUCUCCUGUUUUGCCUUUCCGACGCUUCCAACCUCUUACCUUUGUCCGAAUGAAAUCAUCAGUUACGCACAAGGAAUGACGAGUAACUCGUCAUCUAAGAAACAAGCUCAAGAUCCGCCUGAAUCCUCCGAGCCCACUUUGAAAUCCCUCAGAACCAAGAUGACCAAAUCCGACGAAAAGAAGAAGCUUAAAGACAUUGAGAUAAGCGUUCCACUUGUCUAUGGUAACAUUGCUUUCUGGCUCGGCAAGAAGGCUAGCGAAUACCAAUCUCACAAAUGGGCUGUAUAUGUUCGUGGGGCAACAAAUGAAGACAUCAGUGUUGUAAUCAAGAAAGUCGUCUUCCAGCUUCAUUCUAGUUUCAACAACCCCACAAGAGUCAUCGAGGAGCCUCCAUUCGAGGUCUCCGAAUCUGGCUGGGGAGAAUUCGAGAUUGCUAUCACAUUGCAUUUCCACAGCGACGUCUGUGACAAGCCAUUGAGUUUAUAUCAUCACUUGAAGUUAUACCCAGAAGAUGAAUCAGGUCCUUUGACAAUGAAGAAGCCUGUGGUUGUCGAACACUACGACGAGAUUGUGUUUCCUGACCCUUCUGAAAGUUUUCUUGCUAGGGUUCAGAAUCACCCUGCUUUGACGUUUCCUAGAUUACCCUCUGGUUACAACUUGCCUGCUCCUAUGCAAGUUGAUGAUAACGGGAAAAAGAAGAGAGGUGAUACUAAAGAUCAUAGCUUGGGACAAUGGUUCACGAGCUUCUCUGAAGCCGAUGAGUUGUUACAGCUUGCGGCUGCUCGUCAACAGGUUCAAGCUCAUAUUGCUAAACUCAGGCGACAAAUAAGCUUGCUAGAGGGACAGAAUCAGACCAUCAAAACAGGUUCUGAUCCGUGAAGCUGUAGCCAGUUUCCAUUGGUGGAGUGGGAGAUUGGUUUUGUUGUAACAUUAAUGUGUAUCAGUAUUAUUAGCGUAGCGCUUUUUUUUACCAGUCUUUGAUACAUUCUCUCUAAGAAUCAGUUUACUCGGACUGUUGACUA